AGCUGCACAAGUUCCCUCCCUCUCUGUACAUAAAGUUCGACUGAAUCCUACACGCCAAUUGGAAUCCAGGAUUACGAAACUACCUAAUUCCAUAGACUUUAAGACAUCGUAUCGAUCGACCGUUAUAACGCUCUGGUAUAGAAGAACCCAUAUCGAAGAAUCUAGCGAGAGUUGGUUUCUGGGAAAUUAGAUACAACUUCUUACAUCAUAGAAUACGGGGGGAGCAUUCGUUAAUCACGGCGCUCGUUAUAUUACAAUCGUAUCCUACAAGAGAUUGUUUUAAGAAGUAGAUGUUGAGGAGUAAGGUUAUCUAUCGUACAUCCUCACUUUUCUCAUUCAUCAUCAAUCAUGGACGGUUCUUCGCCUUUGGCGGCUAUGCGCCCCACCCCAACUCCGGCCUGGGGACAACAGUCUCGUCACUACAUGCCAACUCGGAACCCUUUCGGUUCGAAUAACUUUGGUAUUCGCGAGCAAUUACACCGAUCAAAUCCUGAUUACUUCAACCAUUCCAACGUCCGCGGUUCUUCUCCCGCUGCUAGCCUCGCAGCAGACCUUUCGCAAAAUUUCCGAAUCGACAGCGAGGAUAGUCCUCGUUUCCCUACUCCUCGCCGCGCACUUUUCACGUCAAAUAUGAUGGAAGCCAUUGAGAAUCGGGGUUAUGUUACAACUCCACCGCUACCUGUGGCUUCCUCUCCUUUGGGUGGAUAUGAUGAUGCUAUGGAUAUUUCACCUAUGCCUAAUAAAGACUCAUUCUCUAGUUCAUUCGAGGUUGCCUCACCUACACCUCAGGGGACGCAUGGGGAGGAUAUGAUGAUGGACUCGCCUAUCCCUAUGUCACGACAAUCUAAUGUGGGUCUAGAGCCCUCCAAGGUGCUGUUUGAUAGCCGAAAGCGAGGUGGGUUGCGCCGGCCAUCUCUAUCCCGAACCAAGGGAUACACCACUAGUGCUCUUCUCUCCAGUAAAACACACCCAGAAAACCAAGUUUCCGCUUUCCGCUUUGGAUCCCCGUCUUCGACGAUGUCUCCUGGCGAUUGUUUCGACAACUCUCCCCUUCAGGAUCGGAGGCCGUCAACCGCAAAUAGCCCAACUCCCGGCAAUGCCGGCUGCACCCGAUCCAAGGCUCAGUUUGCAAGCCUUACUGGGGCCCGAGAUAUCCGAAAUGGUUCCGGUUCCCCUAUUCCUAGCCACGUCCGUAAAACUUCGAAUCCAUUCGCACGAACUCGCCGACAAUAUCGUCGAUCUAUCAGUAUGUUCGAUAGCCCAGGUGACGUUAUAAAAGCCAGCUCCGAGGAACAUCUUCCUCAGAGCACAUUGCAGUCCGUAAUGGACAUUGAGGAAUCCCAAGAUCCGAUUUUACCCCAUUUCUACCCCGAGGGUGAGAACGACAACAUCCCGCGUAUAUCGAGAGAUACUUUCCUUGACGUGUUGGAUGGAAAAUUCAACGAUAUUUACACACAAAAGAUGAUUAUUGAUUGCCGGUUCGAGUACGAGUAUGAUGGAGGCCAUAUCGAUGCCGCUGUCAACUACAAUGACAAGGAACUGCUGGCCAAACAUCUUUUUGAGAACCCUAUGGACGGAAAGACGCUUCUGAUUUUCCACUGUGAAUAUUCUGCUUGCCGUGCGCCAAUGAUGGCCCGUCAUAUUCGCGCAUCAGACCGCAUGUUCAAUGCUGAGUGCUACCCGCACCUCACGUACCCGGAAGUUUAUAUCCUUGACGGUGGGUAUAGUGAGUUCUUCGUCGAGCAUCGUGAUCGAUGCUAUCCUCAGGCCUAUGUGGAAAUGGGCGCUGAGGAACAUGCUAGAACAUGUGAGCGGGAAUUAGGCAAGCUCCAACAGAAGAGAAAAGGUCUGGGUAGAGCCAAGACUUUUGCUUUUGGACAUCGAGAAUCGAUGGCUCAAGCUUCGCCUACUGCUCCUGAAAGACGUUAUGAACACCCGUCUCCAGUCAUGAUGAUUGGCAACUCGCCGAUCCUUGGCAAUAACCGAUCGCCUGCUCGCCGCAUGGCAUCCUUCUAAACACCAUACCGGCCUUUUUUCAGGCCAAACCAAACCGACACUUCUGUCCUUUUCCUAUCGAUUCUUUGUCUUAUCGUUUUCAUUAUGCUUUUUAACUCCUCAUUUC